AUGUCCAGCUCAAGCACCAAACUCGGAGAUGAUUUUCUCCGCAUCCCAAAACUCAUCGCAGACAGAGAAAACUGGAUGACCUAUAAGGAUAGGUUGUCGUGGUCUGUUGAUGCUCGUGGGUUGCUCGGUCACCUAGAAGGGACUGAGAAGAAACCAGUAGAUCCCUUGAUGUUGUCAGGAAGAGGAGCAUCAUGGAUACCAACCACGCCAGACGAGAUAAGAGAGCUCUCAGUGUACAGGACUGCUAUGAAGGAAUGGUGCAUGGGCGAGGCAAUAUUGACGCAGCAAAUUGCUGGAACGAUCCCUGAUUCCCUGUUCAUACAAGUCAAGAACUUGGUGACAGCAGGAGAGAUCUUUAUGUACCUACCCAACCCCUUCGAGAAGUGUUCUCAAGUUAUGUCCGUCAAGCUAUUGCAAAAGCUGCAGGACCAGAAGUGUCCUGAGAAGGGCAACAUCCGAGAGCAUUUUGACAAAAUGUGA